AAAUUGGAAUAGUUUCGUACGCUCCUUUGCUCAUUCCAGUCCGCCCGAUAAAGCAAGCUCUCUCAUCCCACCGACGCCACAGAAGCCUUGUUUAACAAGUGGUCGCCGUCCGGGGGAAUUCGCAAAACCAUUUCCAAAUGGGGGACGAGAUCAAGAGUUCAAUCUUUGCUUUCGCAUCGGUGCCAGCAUCUCUCAGUUACUGCUAUUUCAUUGCCGCAAGAAUCCCAAAAGGGUUCUUGAGGCUGAUUUUUCUCCUACCCGUCUACUAUCACUUCACAAUUCUCCCUCUUUACAUGCCCAUUAUCUUCUUUAGAGGUGUCUCAACACUCUUCAUAACAUGGCUCGGCAACUUCAAGCUGCUCCUCUUUGCCUUUGGACGAGGUCCACUCUCCUCGGACCAAUCCAUGCCCUUGCACAUCUUCAUCGCCUCCUGUGCUCUCCCCAUCAGAACCAAGCUGCCAAAUGUCAACCCCUCAUCUACUUCUUCCCGACCCUCCAAGAAAAAGCCAUGGUUUUUAAAUUUAGGAACGGAGAUCUUAGCUUUAUUCUCUUUAUUUGGGCUGGCAGCCAAAUAUGAAGAAACUGUACACCCCGUAGUUGUACAAAUAGCCUAUAGUUGCGCGAUGUUUUUCCUAAUUGAAGUUCUGGUGACGCUCUCUAGUUCCGCGGUCCGAGCCCUGGUGGGUCUAGAGCUGGAGGCACCGUCCGACGAGCCCUACUUAUCAGCUUCUCUGCAAGAUUUCUGGGGCAAGAGGUGGAACCUCUCAGUAACAAAUGCACUGCGGCACACAAUAUACAAGCCCGUCAGGUCAAUAUCGGCGGUCGUACUGGGGAAUCGAUCAGCCGCACUGCCUGCCAUCUUCGCGACCUUUCUUGUCUCUGGUCUAAUGCAUGAACUCAUAUACUAUUACCUCUCAGGUGUGAAGCCCUCCUGGGAAGUGACGUGGUUCUUCGUUCUGCAUGGAAUUUGUGUUGUGAUUGAAAUGGUGUUGAAGACAGCUUUGGGAGGAAAAUGGGCGGUGCCCCGGUUAAUUGCGGCCCCGUUGACACUUGGGUUUGUGAUUUCAACCGGUAUGUGGUUGUUUUUCCCUCCGUUGACCGAGAUGGGGAUUGAUAAAAUGGUUUUUGAAGAGUUCAGUUGCGCUGGCGAGUAUGUGAAGGGUAGGCUGGUGGCCUUAUGUCCCACUAUCCUGGGCCACAAAUCGAGGAGUUAAGACUCAGUCGGGCUCGGGCAGUCUGAAAACGACGACGGGCCAUCAAGAAAUGUCUCCCACAUUUCCGUCCUAAUAAAAUGGACAACUGUUUGUCCGUAGUUGACUUUAAAGUUCAAUUAUGCAUGCGUGUGGUCCCCUUCUAGCGUUCAAUUUCGGGAUUAUAUAUCUCAUCUCAGUUGUAAUAUUAUUGUCGCUUCCUCGUCACAAUCAGAGACUGGAUGCUGCGACUUUUCGCGUGCUUUCUGCAAUUCAAGAGCCGGUUUGGUUUUGGGUUGUUAUCAAAAUAUAUUAGUA